AUGCAGCCAUCAAAGACGCCUGAUAGUUCCAUUCGUAGGAAACUCUCCGGAACAGGUCCAGGGGGCGCUCUUGGGACCUCUGAACUUUCAACGUCUAACGUGUCAGCAGCAGCAACAUCUGUAUCAUCUACACAACCAUCAGUAGUCAGAUCUACGUCUGGUUCAUCGACACAACCUCAGAAUGCUGCAGCCGGCAGUGUCUAUAAGGCCUCUCUGGUUCUGACUCCAGUAUCUCAGAUCUCCAGAGGUCCACGUAGAACAAGCCGCCAUGAGGCUCUGACAGGUGAACACUCAUCCAGUUUUGAUCCCGAAGUGUACAACCCAGAUGGAUCGUUACGUACAGUACACAAGUUGCCCAGCUUUGACCAGUCCUACGCUGAUGCUAGAAACACCAGGUAUAUCCGACACAGAGAGCGGUCAGAGAAUGAGAAAGAACUAUCUGUGGAUCAAAUAUUUGAGAAAAAAGAACAUUGCUAG